GAGCAAUUGAGCGGUGCACGUACAUCAAGUACCACUACUCCUCAGCAACCAUUCCCAAGAACCUCACCUACAACAUCACCAAGACAAUCCGCCAGGAUGAGUGGCAUGCCUUGCAUCUGCGCAGGAUGACAGCUGGCUUCAUGGGCAUGGCUGUGGCCAUCAUCCUCUUCGGAUGGAUUAUCGGGGUGCUGGGGUGCUGUUGGGAUCGAGGCCUUAUGCAGUAUGUGGCGGGGCUUCUCUUCCUCAUGGGAGGAACCUUCUGCAUCAUUUCACUGUGCACGUGCGUGGCUGGAAUCAACUUUGAGCUCUCCCGCUACCCCCGCUACCUGUACGGACUGCCCGACGACAUCAGCCAUGGCUAUGGCUGGUCCAUGUUCUGUGCGUGGGGGGGCCUGGGCCUCACUCUUAUCUCUGGCUUCUUCUGCACUCUGGCCCCUUCUGUCCAACCUGUCCCCAGGACCAACUGCCCCAAAUCUAGACCUGAGAAUGGGACAGUGUGCUAAAACAAUUAGCAAACACACACACACACCACAUAUAUAUAUAUAUGU